AUGCACCUAGGAGACGUCCACAUUCACUCGCUCUUUGCCGCCCCUGGGGGCCCCUCUGCGGUGAUGGAGGGCGGCGUGGCUGACCUGGCGCACGUCCCCGGGUUAGGGCAGAGGAUCAAGGGCGCGACCACGCUGCCGCUGCUGCUGGACCUGCUCCGCUCCGAGUCCGGCGCCUUCCGCCCGCGCGACACGUCCCAGGCGCUGCACCGCCUCGCCUGCCUCCACCGCCAGUACGUGCGGCGCCUGCGCGCCGCCCGCCUCGCGACGCGCGAGGCGCAGCAGGCGGCGCGCGACGACUACGUGUCGCCGGCGCUGGCGCUGCUGGGAGACCUCAUUCUGCGGCAGGGCGAGGAGCUCGACCCCUGGGCGGUGUCGCUGGCGUGCUGGUCGUACGGCGUGCUCGACCACCACGACGACGACGUGCUGGGCGUGCUGUGCCGCCGCGGCGCGACGUGCCUCCGCGCCUUCCAGCCGAUCGACUGCGCGUCGGCGCUCGUCGGCUGGGCGCGGCUGCGCGUGCGCACGCGGCCGCAGCGCGAGUUUGUCGACCAGCUGCUGAGCCAAUCGCUGGACUCGCUGUAG